ACUCAUUCUCUCUUCCCCAGAAAACUCGCCGCUUCCGAGUUUCAUCAGUUCAUCAAUCGCUUAUACAAGACUCAGAGGCACCGAAUUUGAUUAAAAAAAAUGGCAGAGGCGAGAGAUAGAGUGGAGAGGCCGGUGGAUUACGCGGCGAUAUUCGCUAACAGACGCAGGCACGGUGUGUUACUCGACGAGCCAGCUUCACGUCUUGAACAUCCAGUUCAGAGAUUGCCAUCUCGGGUGUAUCCUUCACGAUCCGGAGCUUUGGUGAGAGGAGGAGGAGGGAAUUACAGUGGAUGGAGGAGUGGGAGUAGGGUUAGAUUGUUACAGGGAAGAGAGAAUGUGUCUGCUAGGCGUGGAAGUGGAAGUGGGAGUUUGUUACCUUCUUGGUACCCAAGAACGCCUCUCCGUGAUAUUACUCAUAUUAUGAGGGCUAUUGAGAGGAAAAGAAGAGCUGGUAUGGGAGUAGAGGAUGGUUUGGAGACUGAGACUCCAACUCAGCGACAAGUUCUUGAAACUCCAGUAGGUGAGCACAGUUGCGUAAUGGUGACACCUGCUCCAGCUGUGGGAUUCAAGCGUAGUUGCCCACCAUCAACUGCUAAAGUCCAUAAGAUGUUGCUUGACAUCUCAAAGGAGAUAUCUGAGGAAGAAGCAGGGUUCAUCACGGCAGAGAAGAAGCUACUCAAUUCUAUUGACAUGGUAGAGAAGAUUGUGAUGGCGGAGAUUGAUAAACUGAAGAGCACUCCUCUUGCCAAAAGGGAAGAGCGGGAGAAAAGGGUCAAGACUUUAAUGUCAAUGCGAUGAUGAUCCUCCACACUUAGGAGAGAGGAGGAGGUAUCAGUGAGUACAUACAUCAUCUUCUGAUGAUACCAAAAAUCAGUGGAUCAUCUUCUGAUGAUAUGUCUUCUACGAGUCCUUUGAGUAUAUCAUUUUCUUAUGAUUCUACUAGAAAAGUUCAAUCAUCAUGUUGAUGAUUUUGUAAGAUCAGGAACCAUCUACUGAUGGAUAAUAGUUUUGAUAGUUCGUUCACACAUAAAUGUUUGGAGUCUCCUCUGUAGACAUUUUUUCCCUUGUAAAUGAAACUCGUUCUUUGUUAUUACGUUGAAUAAUUGUCAUUUGUGAAUCUUGAGCUUUGCUAGUUAGUUUAGCUUCAAGUUCAGAGAAUAAUUAAGAUGACAUUUG